AACUCCACCCACGCGAGCCACCGCGAAGCAUUUAUAUCCAUGUGCAGAGGGAAAGCAGUUAGUGAAGCAGUCUGGCUCAGCGCUUCUCUAAGGAAGAACCUGCAACACACAAGGAACUUUCACCUACUUGUUGAUUCCUCUCCACCGCUGGAAUUGCACAUUCGUUUUUCCUUCUAACGCUCUAAAAAAAAACAGUCGUGGCACCAUUUUACAACCGUUGCCUCGUGCAUUGAAGGAUCCUGGUCGGUCCUCUAUGAGAGCUACUGUAACGUUACUGCGACAGAACUUCCGAAAAAGAGAUGUCUGCAACCAUCUUGUCCGCUUUCUACGACAUCGACAUGCUUUACAAGCAAGAUAUGAACAUGAACGCUGUGAAUCACAUCAAUAGCAUACUGGACAAGAAAGCGGUGGGGCCUCCAGUGACCACACACAGCUCCAAUAGUUCUUUCGCGCCGGGAUUUUUCCGUAGAAGCUCGACCACCAACAUGGAAGCAAUGACCAACAACAGCAACAAGUACUCUGUCAACUCCUACAGUAAUUUGAUGGAGAACGCAACGAGCAGCAGCACUGCCAUUAUGAACAAGGAGAACAAGUUCCGCGACCGGACAUACAGCGAGAAUGGGGACCGCAGCCAGCAGCUGCAGAUCGUGCAGCAGAAGCCAGGCUCUCAGAUCAACUCCACCCGCUACAAGACCGAACUCUGCAGGCCCUUCGAGGAGAACGGAGCGUGCAAAUACGGAGAGAAAUGCCAGUUCGCGCACGGCUACCAUGAGCUGAGAAAUUUGUCUCGUCACCCUAAGUAUAAAACCGAGCCCUGUCGCACUUUCCACACUAUUGGCUUCUGCCCCUACGGUCCCCGCUGUCAUUUUAUCCACAACGCGGAUGAGCGCAGACCCGCUCCAAGCAACGCCAACGUGCAGGGGGAACCCAAAUCGGCUCGCGAGCUCUGUGGCUAUGGUCAAAACGGCGACGUGCCGCAGCAAGUUGGGUACAACCGGGACAGACCAAAGCUUCACCACAGCCUGAGUUUUUCAGGAUUUUCCAGCCACCACGGACUUGAGUCGCCACUACUCGAGAGCCCUACGUCGCGCACACCACCACCCCCCUCAAACUCCUCUUGCUCUCUCAACUAUUAUGAGGACGUACGGUCUCCCAACUCCAUGUCUUGUGUGAACAGUGCAUUCAGUUUUCCUGGACAUGACCUGAAAGCCUUACUUGCUCCCCUGGCCUUGCAUACGCAAAACGGCUAUGGCAACAACCAUUUCAAUGGUGCCUACUACGGGAACAUUCAAGCCAACAUGUGCCCCCCUUCUCCCCCCUCAUACAACAUGAGCCACUUGCAGUCCCUGCGCCGCCUGAACGAUUCACCGGUGUUCGACUCCCCUCCUAGCCCGCCCGACUCCCUCUCAGACCGGGAGAGCUAUGCGAGCGGGUCCCUCAGCUCUUCUGGGAGUCUUAGCGGCUCUGAGUCUCCGAGUUUGGAUGCUGGGAAACGUUUGCCAAUCUUCAGCAGGCUGUCGAUUUCUGAUGACUAAACAUCCCAUGUUAUUUUCAAUGGAUCAAAUUUGUCCAUGACAUGGCAUUAGUUGUUUUUCCUUUUUGUAAUGAGGGUUGUAUAGAAUUAGAUAUCAACAGAAGGCAUUCCAUCGGUGACUUACACUUUUGCGCUGCAAGUAAGGGCAGUAUUUGUCUCAGGCAAGCCACACUUCCCUGGGAUAGAUGUGUACAAAACUUGACACGAGACUGUAAAGCAGAUUCAGAUUUCCUCCAUCCUGCCAAGAAAUGCCUUGACACAAUGUACAUUUUUUUCUUCUAAGUAUGUGUUCCUUUCUGAAAGCUUAAACUUCCAUUCCAGAACUUUAAUCUUUUUUUCACAGCGCCACGCAGUGGUUUGUUUGAGUAGUAUAGUUUGUUGCUUAGUUGAAGCACUCUGAGUUAGGUUUGUUUGGGGAAAUCACUGCAGAUGGUUGAAAAUAUAUUUUAUAUAUUUUUUUAGCUGUUUUGAGUGAUUACAUAGCAGUGCGUAACUGGCUAUGAAAUAUUUAACUUAUUUAUUACCUUGUGAAAAAGUGUAGGCUAUAUGUUGGUAAUUUGUCCAUACUGUAUUUAUCAAGUAUGAUGAAGCAAUAGAUCUAUAUUCUUUUAUGUUUAAAUUAUGAUCGCCAUUAUUAAUCUGCAUAAAGUGGAGUGUAUGUCCUUUUCACAGUAAUAUAUAUAUAUUGUUUUUGGUCUCCUUUUGUAACUUCACUUGGUUAUUUUUAUUGUAAAUUAGUAAAAAAAAAAAAAAAUCUUAAUUUAAGAGAACGUAUGUGAUAUUUAUUUCCUAAAUUUUGUUUACGUUUAUUAAAACAAAAGUUUGCGUGAUUUGCUGUUCUGAGGUUGCUUGUAAGAGCUGUGGAAGGUGUUUUGAGAAUCCUUAUCUAGAUGUUUCUGUAGAAUGUAUAAACAAUGUGGUUGUGCAGACCGUCCAAACCUGAGCUAGCCUUGCAUAUUUUUUUUUUCUCCAUAGAUCAGACUCGGUGACAAAGAACCCAAGUAAAUAAAUUAACCAAAAAAGUAUUUUGUGUUCUGUUUAUACGAGGUCACACUGUGAUUCCAGCCACGCGCUAAAGAAUGUAGCAAUCCUUUGUGCCCCAGUAUUAUUGUGUAGUGCCUACAGGGUUCACCAUCUGACAUGCCUUAAUAUUAACCAAAUAAAGUAUUUUUCCUACACAUAUCUUUUCCACAACUUUAAUUGAAUGUAGUGUUGGAGCUGAAUUACUUUUGAAGGUUGUUACCACUUAUCAUAAGACCCUGGGACAACGAUACUAUAUUAUUCCCCGUUCCUCUACUUUUGAUUUUGUUUGAUAUUGACUAGUUCAGGGGAUGCGCACUAUGUAUUUUUUUGACUACUUUUAUCAGAAGUAAAGCUUUUUGAAUGUAACUAAAACGGACAAAAAGACAACCUGAGUUGUAAUAUAAUUAUUUUUGGAGAGUCAGUUCACUACAAAUUGAGUGUGAGACUUUGUACUGUACAUUUUCUUUUGUAGUUCUCCCAAUAAAAUGAUUUUGAAAAUA